CCGGAUAGAAUAGGCCUAGUGAAUACGGUACUUGCUGGUACCUACGGUACCUACGGUACCUACGGGACCUCUAAGUUGGCAAAAAAGUUGGCGUGAAGGCUGCCCAUGCUCCGUCGCGGAUCGCUCCGUGACUCUGGCGGUGGACCAUGCGUCGCUUGCUGGCCAGCCUCGGCCUCGUCGCCACCCGCGCGGAGACGCCCCCCCUCGCGCCGAAUACCGUCCGCCUCGACCGGGUUUGCUUCGAGGCGGACCGAGGCGCCGUUCGCCUCGCCCUCUACGACGGCAGCGAUAAGAGCGUGAACCAGCUCUGCGCGUCGCUCACGCGCUGCGAGGUCGCCCAGAUUCACGACGCGUGCGCCCGCGGUGCGAACGCGACGGAGCUCGCGCGACUCUACGCAGACGUGCGUGUCGUCGAGCGCGUCGGUGCGCCAUAUCCGCCGCGCGGCGCGCGACAUGAACGCGCCGGCGCGUUUGUCAUUUACGGCGACAGCGCUUCCCACAACAUCCACUCGCAGCUCACGUCGGCGUUCGAACAGCGCCUCCUGCUCGAACGCAGCGGCGGCACGGGGCUCGAUGUCGUCGUCGAGAAGGUGUUCGCCUGGGGACGCGGCGGUAAGAACAAUGUUGGAGCUAUCAAGGCUGCACUCCAGGACCCGACGCGCGACUGGAGUCGCGGCGUUGCGGCGGCCGCGUUCGACGGCGUCGACGUCCUGGCUUUGACAAAGUGCGGCGAUGUCGGAGCCGCAUGGGGCAGCUGCGACGACUCCGUCCCCGCGGCGCAGUCGGCGAUGAAAAGUGUGCCGUUGUGCGUCGACGCGCUCUUUGUCGCAGCGCCGUUGACGGCAAUCGGCGGCUUUCCCAUUCGCCCAUCGACGGGCGACGCGCUUCGCGAGCUCCGCGAGCGAACCAAGCGCCAUUAUGGUAUCGCGUCGCGCGCGGAGCGAGCGGGCGAUAGCAACGCGUCGACGCGGGUCACGCUCUUCACGCGUAACGACGCGGGGGCGCGCAAGCUCAUUUACGCGCCGGAGGUGCUGACCGAGAUGCGCGUCACGCGGGUCGUCGAUACCCUUGUUUUGCCGCUCGCGGAGCAGAUCCGCCUCUUCGACGAGGCCGACGUCUUCGUCGCCCCACAUGGAAACAACAAUGUCAAUUCGCUCUGGAUGCGACCCGGCUCGCUCUACGUCGAAGUCCGGCCGUCGUGCGCCGAGAUGUGCGUGCUCGGCUGCGACAAGCGCUUCGCGCGCGCGCCCGUCGCCGGAAACGUGACAUUCCUGGAUCUCUUCGACGCGCCUCUCGGUGUGGCGUGCGGCAUCGCCGGAACCCCUUUCGGUGCCGUGCUUCACCAGCGCACGGGCGUCCGCUUCCACGUCGUCUCGGCCUGCGUCGGCGGCAAUCGCUGCAUGCAGCGCGGCGCGGGGCCCGCAAAAUUCUACCUCCCGGGUGGCCGCGUGGACGAUUCGCACAAAAGUUGGAAAUACAACUGGAACCCGCAAGUUAUUCAGGUCACGGCGGAGGUCGCCGCCGCGGUCCGCGCGGCAAUCGACGCGUCUGACGACGUCGAUGCGCAUGCACGCGCCAUGCCGGCAUCUGCGUCGUCGGUCCGCGCGACUCCCUUUGCCGUGACCUGUGGCCCCGCUGUCACGCCGCGCGCGCGAGCGGUUUUGCCGUCGCCGGUCAGCGCUCCCGCCGAUGCGGUCGGUGCAGCGCAGCCGCGACCGCCGACGACCCCCGCCCCCGCCAGCGCCGUCGCGCGCGGCGAAUUUGACUUGUACGCUCCCAAGUCGGCGCUCAAGGUCAACACCCAGUUUGCGGGCGAGGGUCUUUACGCGCUCGGCGACAUCGUGCGUAUCAACGACGGUGGGCAGCGUUCGCGCGCCACGGGACACGCCGGCACGAUCGGAGAGUUCUAUGUUCGCCACGUGCCCGCGGGCGCGGCCCCAAACGCGAGCGUCCUGGCGGCGGCCGUCGACGCGGUCUGUCCCACGCUCGUGCCGGCGAACGAGAGCGCGCUGGCCGAAGUGGUUCUCCACGUUCGCGUGGGCGAUGUGCUGUGUGUACGACCCAAGAAUCCGCACCUCCACGUGCAGCGCCAGCCGCCACCCGUUGCGGAGGUCGCGCGCAUCGUCCACGCAGUUGCUGGGACUUGUGUGGAAAUCAACCGGUACAGCAUAUCCUUCAAAGAGCUGCUCUCGGCCAAUACUUUUUCGGCUACCUUUUGGACAGAGAGGGAGAGCGGGGAGGUCGUCAAGCAUGUACGAAGGGACCGUAAAAUGUUGAUUCCCAUACAGGCGGGGACCGCGCCUUUGCGCAUCAUCUUUGGCUUCCACUUCAAAGUCUGCGAGGCCGAGUCCUACGCGUACCUCCGCGCGCUCGCCACCGCGACGGGCGCGAAGCUCGCGGCAGAGGCGCACCCCGACGUCCAUUUUUGUCAUGCUGUCUACGCGGCGCUCUUCAUCCAGGGCAAGGGCGGCUACAGUCGGCUCGUCCGCGUCGUCCGGGACGCGAAACGGAAGCCGUCCGUUUUUGUAGCUGCCCUGGCUGAUUUUGGGGAAUCCUCCUAGUACUUCUAGCUCAGGCUAUUGCAAUGGAAAUACACGUCUAGUAGGAUCCCAAGGUUCAACUGAGACGUAUCCAAGCACA